GUAUACGGCCGAGUUCCAGCUGGUGCCUAACAAAAGAGGAAACAAAAGUCUCAUGCUUCAUGGCAAUCGAUUCAGCUUGAGCAACACGCGCAGCGACGGCGUUAAGAUAUGGAAUUGUUUUUUGAAAAGUUGUUCGGUACAGCUGAGCACCCGUGGCACGAAGCUUAUUCUGUACGAAAAACAAAACUAUCACAACCACACUUCCUUCGUACAUCGACAGAUGCGACGAAGUGGCCUUCCCGUCCAAAGCCUGGAUGCUGACAAAAACCCCAAAUCGAAAAUUUGGUACAGCACCGACGAACUGAAGUUCUACGUGACCAAGGAUGGGGCCAGAAGUGUGCGCUUCCGCAACUAUGAUUACUACUGCUACGAUAGAGGAGGAAAAAUCGUCUGUGUUUGUUUUGUGAGAAAGUGUACCGCAACCGCUCUCCUUGACGAUCAGUGCCACAUCAAAUUCAACGUUCGCAGGCACUCACACUCAAACAAGCGGAAGGAAAGCGCCGAGGAAAAUCCUAAUUUUCUGCCGUUUCUACCGAGCGUUGGCGAGCAGAAUGUUGUGCCGGUUCCGGAAGAAAAGGAAGUCAUGCAAAUCAAAGAUGAACCGGUUGACUUGGACCUCAUUUAAGAAAAUGCACCGAGACUGGAAUCCGACCAAAAGCCGGAGUUGUUGACUUGGUACACCGCCGAGUUUCGGGUUGUGCAAAACAGCAAAGGGGAGGAUCGCCUCUUGUUUCGUAACUACGAAUACCUCCUGAACCGCACUCAUCGCGAUGGCAGAAAGAUGUGGCGUUGUGUUCGAAAACGCUGUCUGGUUAAGUUGUGCACCCUCGGGGAAAAUCUGUUGAAAUGCGAAAAUUCAAAGGAACACAAGCACCUUAGCUAUGGAGAGCAAUUCAAGCGUGGUUUUGGUAGCUACAACUUGGUUCCUGCGCUACAACUUGGAGAGAACGAAGACCCCGAACCAUUAAUCUGGUACAGCACCGAGCUGAAGUUCUACACAAACCAGAAUGGUAAGCAAUGUGUGCGCUUUCGCUGCUACGAUUACUACUGCUACGACAAAGGUGGUAAAAUUGUCUGCAACUGUUGCGACGGCAUGUGUAGCGCAAGCGCUGUUAUUGACGGUCAAGGCAACAUCCGAUUUGCCCCCCGCAAACACGUUCACCGAAAGCCGAAAAAUAUCUUUGUACCUGAUGAUCUAUUGACGCAAACCUUAAACGGACAGAAUUUAAUUCCAGCUGUAACAGAAGAACAAGUGGAAGCCGUGCAGAAGACGAACCCACGCUGGAAUCGGACCAGGAACCGGAGCUAUCGACGUGGUACACCGUCGAGUUGCAGUUUGAACCGACCAACAAAAAGCCCAACUGCCUCACGUUCCGCGACUACCGAUUCUCGCUGGUGCGCCGCACGCGUCGGGAUGGCUGCCAAGCGUGGCGCUGCGCUAGAAAAGGCUGCCCGGUGA